CUUGAAUCCUUGACCGUUGGGUGCUUUUCCCGGAACCUCGUUCGAAUAGAGAGUGUCCUGAUAUGCAGAUACUAUCUGGAGCCUUCAACGGAAACCAGCCAAGUAGAUUGACUACUUAUUGAAGCUCCAUUCCCCCCCCUCAUAUUCCAGUUCUUCAGCGCACCAACGACAAUUGCACCCAUUCACCCUCCAACAGGCUUUACCUACGCCUCGUUCCAACCCUUCAAGUCAAGCAGACCCCCCUCACCCCCCCCCCAAAGACUACACAGAAUGGCUCCCGGUGCCGUCGCUCCUACGAAGCACACCAAUCUGCUGGGCGGACGUGAGUUUCCAGCAGUAACCUGGUACAAGGAUCCCGGAUUGCGAAAACUGUACCUCCUUCUGGGCACUGUAAUCAUGGUGUCCGCUACCAAUGGUUUCGACGGUUCGAUGAUGAACGGACUGCAGACGGUACCCAAUUGGAAGAAUUACUUCGAGCCUUCCUCUUCCGAGCGUGGUCUUCUCAACGCCAUCCUCUCGGUAGGAUCCAUCUGCGCCAUUCCAAUCUCCCCUUGGCUGGCCGAUUGGCGUGGUCGUCGUCUCGCCAUCACCAUCGGUAUCACGAUCAUGUUUGUCGGUGUCGCUCUCCAAACCGCUUCCGUCAAUCUGGCUAUGUUCACUGCCUCGCGUUUCUUGAUCGGUUUCGGUGUCUCCCUUGCACACGGUGCCGCCCCCCUUCUCGUCACAGAGUUGGCUCAUUACCAGCACCGUGCCCGUAUCACGUCGCUCUACAACACCACCUGGUACAUCGGCUCCAUCAUCGCCGCCUGGACCACGUAUGGUACUUUCCGCAUCGACAGCACUUGGUCGUGGCGCAUCCCGUCGGUGCUCCAGGCCGCCCCCGCCAUCCUGAUGAUGUCCUUCAUCCUUUUCGUCCCCGAGUCCCCUCGUUGGCUCAUUGCCCACGACCGUGCCGACGAAGCGCUCGACAUCUUGGCGCGCUACCACGCCAACGGCGACAGGCACGACGAGCUGGUUCAGUACGAGUACACCGAGAUCAAGGAGACCCUCGCCAUCGAGUUGGAGGUGGCCAAGGUCGGCAUCUCGGAGCUGUGGGCUACGCGCGGUAACCGCCACCGCAUGCUUAUCUGCAUCUGCGCCGGUUUCUUCUCGCAGCUGUCGGGCAACUCGCUCGUGUCGUACUACAUCGGAGACAUCUUGACGCAGGUCGGCAUUGAGGACCCGGAAACCCAGAACAUCAUCAACGGCUGCCUCAACAUCUGGAACAUGCUCAUCGCCUGCGGCAUGGCAUUCGCCGUCGACAAGGCCGGUCGUCGCCCGCUUUUCCUCAUCUCCACCGGUGGUAUGUGCGUCAUGUUUAUCUGCUGGACCAUCGCUUCCAAGUACGCGGUUGAGAACGGAUCCAAGGCGGCCGGUUCCGCCGUCGUCGCCCUGAUCUUCCUGUACUUCACCUGCUACAAUCUGGCCUGGUCCGGCCUGCUGAUCGGCUACACCGUCGAGAUUCUGCCCUACAAGAUCCGUGCCCGUGGAAUGUCGGUCCUGUUCAUGUGCAUCAACUUGGCGCUCUUCUUCAACAACUACUUGAACCCGGUCGCGCUCGAGCGCAUCAGCUGGAAGUACUACAUUGUGUACUGCAUCUUCCUCGCGUUCGAGUUUACCGUUGUCUUCUUCCUCUUUGUCGAGACCAGAUACACGCCUCUCGAGGAGAUCGCCGCCUACUUCGACGACCCCGUAGCCGAGAAGGCCAAGCACCGCGUCGAGCAGGCCAUCCAGGAGACGACCGUCGUGGAAUUCCCGUCGAAGCAGGAGGCAUAGAAUGUAGCCUGUGGUGUUCCCGGAAGCAUAUUUCACGGUUUCGUUUGGAUGUUUGGUCGUUUUUCUUUCACUUCUUUUCCUGUCUCUUUCAAAACUGUCGGUAUACACGAAUUCUAGUUUAUUUUAUUUUUUCCGGCGGGUGACCGUGUUGUGUGGGUUGAUUGCACGACGAUAUAUGUAAUCUGGCGGGAUGCUUUAGGUACGGGCUGUGGAUUUGUAUGUAGGAGGUGGUGCGUAGGAGCGUGUGGAGCCUCGAAUAAACUUCAUCUCCAAC